AUGAGUUCUCCCGGCACGGAGAGCUCCGGCAAGAGCUUGCAGUACCGGGUGGACCAUCUCCUGAGCGCGGUGGAAAACGAGCUGCAGGCUGGCAGCGAGAAGGGAGACCCCACGGAGCGGGAGCUACGAGUCACUCUGGAGGAGAAUGAGCUGUGGCUGCGCUUCAAGGAGCUCACCAACGAGAUGAUCGUGACCAAGAACGGCAGGCGGAUGUUCCCCGUGCUGAAGGUGAGCGUGUCCGGCCUGGACCCCAACGCCAUGUACUCCUUCCUGCUGGACUUCGUGGCCGCCGACAAUCACCGCUGGAAGUACGUGAACGGGGAGUGGGUCCCCGGGGGCAAACCCGAGCCGCAGGCCCCGAGCUGCGUCUACAUCCACCCGGACUCGCCCAACUUCGGAGCGCACUGGAUGAAGGCGCCGGUUUCCUUCAGCAAAGUCAAACUCACCAACAAGCUCAAUGGAGGGGGGCAGAUCAUGUUGAACUCCUUGCACAAGUAUGAGCCUAGGAUUCAUAUAGUGAGAGUUGGUGGCCCUCAGCGUAUGAUAACCAGCCAUUCCUUCCCAGAGACCCAGUUUAUAGCUGUGACAGCUUAUCAGAAUGAGGAGAUCACAGCUUUAAAAAUUAAAUACAAUCCAUUUGCAAAGGCUUUCCUUGAUGCCAAAGAAAGAAGUGAUCACAAAGAUAUGAUGGAUGAAGUUGGAGACAAUCAACAGUCUGGGUAUUCACAGUUAGGUGGCUGGCUUAUUCCUGGAACUGGGAGUCUGUGCCCCCCCUCCAAUCCUCAUGCUCAAUUUGGAGCACCUCUAUCACUGUCCUCUGCUCACAGCUGUGAAAGAUUCUCAUCGCUGAGGAAUCAUCGUUCUGCCCCUUACACCAAUCCAUAUGCCCAUAGAAACAACUCUCCAACCUAUGCUGAUAAUUCCUCGGCCUGUCUUUCCAUGCUCCAAUCCCAUGACAACUGGUCCAGUCUAGGAGUUCCCACACACACUAGUAUGCUGCCCAUGAGUCACAGCACUGGUACAUCUACCAGCUCCAGUCAGUAUCCCAACUUGUGGUCUGUGAAUAACAGCACCAUCACACCCGUGUCUCAGUCAGGUGGGAUGUCCAAUGGACUGAGCUCCCAGUUUUUGCGAGGCUCUCCAGCACACUACCCACCUCUUCCUCACUCUGUCACUGCCUCCUCCUCGGGAUCUCUGCUGUAUGACGCUGGCACACCAACAGACAUUUCUGACAGUCAGUAUGAUACCUCUGCACAUAAUAGGCUGGCAUCCACAUGGACUCCUGUCACACCACCUUCCAUGUAA